CCUUUUCUGUUUUUAAUCCUUGUUUCUCUUUCAGGAAAAGGAUCUGUUUGCAGGAUUGGGCCUGGAUUCCUCUGAGACAGAGAGGACUCUGUGCGACACCAGAGAUUGGCCACUGGGUAAGGAGGAAGUAGAUUUUCUCUGUUUGGUCGCAUUCUGUGAAUCUUGAAUCUAAUUUGUGGUUUCUUUUAAUCUUUUAAUCUUUUUUGUUUUUGGAAAGACAAGUGGGGCCCAGAGCCCCAAGGAGGGGAGAUGUAUUUUUACAAAACUAUAAUAUGAAAUGGGUGCAAAGGUCAACAUGCCCUUGGUGAGUGAGACUUUUGUGAAGGGCCAGCUGGAGUUAGAGAGGCACUGCUGAACCUCUCAGGUGAGCAUUCCCUCUUGGCUUCCCACUUACUUCUGUCUCCCGCAGGUGACCAGGUGAUGUCAGCAAAACCUCCUCCUGCAUCUUUACCUGGUGGUGAAGGAGAAGCAAUGGCUGUGGAAGCAGAUCAGGGUUCACGGUGCUUUGAAGAUGUCGCUGUUCAUUUCACAGAUGAGGAGUGGGCAUUGCUGGAUCCUGGCCAGAGAGCUCUGCAUAAGGAAGUCAUGGAGGAGAAUCGUGAGAUCCUGGCUUCUCUCAGUGGCGAGGAAAUGGAACUUAAGAACAGGGGAGGCUGUGAGAAAAGCCACACAGAGGAGAUGCCAUAUCCAUAUUUGGAAUGUAGAGACAACUUUAGCCAGAGCGGCCCUCUCACUUCCAUUCUAGGAAUUCAAAGCGGAGAAAAACCUUAUGAGUACUUCGAAUGUGGGAAAAGCUUCAGCCUGGUCACUCAUCUCACUUCCCAUCAAAGGAUUCACAGUGGGGAGAAACCAUAUCAGUGCUUGGAAUGUGGAAAGAUUUUAACCACAAAGCAAUGUCUUAUUUUCCAUCAACUCAUUCAUACAGGAGAGAAACCCUAUCAGUGCUUGGAAUGUGGAAAGAGCUUCAGUAAAACGGCCCAUUUCAUUUCUCAUCAAAGAAUUCAUACAGGGGGGAAACCGUAUCAGUGCUUGGAAUGUGGAAAGAGCUUCAGUAGGAAGGCCCAUUUGACUUCCCAUCAGAGAAUUCAUACAGGACAGAAACCCUAUCAGUGCUUGGAAUGUGGAAAGAGCUUUGGUCGGAAAGACAGUCUCACUUCCCAUCAAAGAAUUCAUACAGGAGAGAACUCACACCAGUGCUUGGAAUGUGGAAAGAUGUUCACCACAAAUAAAAGUCUCACGAUCCACCAAAGAAUUCAUACAGGAGAGAAACCCUUUCAAUGCUGGGAAUGUGGGAAGAAGUUCAUCAGGAGGAGAAGCUUCACUUCCCAUCAAAGAAUUCAUACAGGGGAGAAACUAUAUCAGUGCUUGGAAUGUGGAAAGAGCUUUUAUAAGAGGGACCAUUUCACUUCCCAUCAAAGAAUUCAUACAGGGGAGAAACCCUACCAAUGCUUGGAAUGUGGGAAAAACUUCACUCGGAAGAACAGUCUCACCUCCCAUCAAAAUAUUCAUACAGGUGAGAAACCACAUCAGUGCUUGGUAUGUGGAAAGAUUUUCACCAGGAAGAAAAGUCUCACUUCCCAUAAAAAAAUACAUACAGGAGAGAAACCCUAUCAAUGCCUGGAAUGUGGAAAGAGCUUCAGAUGGAAAGAAAGCUUCAUUUCCCAUCAAAGCAUUCAUACAGGGGAGAAACCCUAUCAGUGCUUGGAAUGUGGGAAGAGCUUCAGUCGGAAGGACAGUCUUCCUGCCCAUCAAAGAAUUCAUAGAGGGGAGAAGCCCUAUCAGUGCUUGGAAUGUGGAAAGAGCUUUUGUCAAAGGACCAAUCUCACUGCCCAUCAAAGAAUUCAUACAGGGAAGAAACCCUAUAACAAAGAGAAACCAUAUCAGUGCUUGGAAUGUGGAAAGAGCUUCAGUCUGAGCACCCAUCUCACCUCUCAUGAAAGAAUUCACAGUGGGGAGAAACCGUAUCAGUGCUUAGCAUGUGGAAACAGCUUUAAUUCCAAGAGAAGUCUCACAUCCCAUCAAAGAAUUCAUACAGGAGAUAAACCCUAUCAGUGCUUGGAAUGUGGAAAGAGCUUCAGUUGGAAGGAAAGUCUCACCUCACAUGGAAGAAUUCACACAGGGGAGGAACCUUUCAAGUGCAUGGAAUGUGGAAACAGUUUCAAUUCGGAGAGGAGUCUCAUUUCCCAUCAAAGAAUUCAUACUGGUGAGAAACCCUAUCAGUGCUUAGAAUGCGGAAAGAGCUUCAGUCAGAGGGCCAAUCUCACUUUCCACCAAAGAAUUCAUACAGGGGAGAAACCCUAUCAGUGCAUGGAAUGUGGAAAGAGCUUCAGCCAAAGGGCCAACCUCACAGCCCAUCAAAGAAUUCAUACAGGGGAGAAACCCUAUCAGUGCAUGGAAUGCGGGAAAAGCUUCAGUCACAGGGCCCAUCUCACUUCCCAUCAAAGAAUUCAUACAGGGGAGAAACCCUAUCAGUGUGUGGAAUGUGGAAAGAGCUUCAGUCGGAAGGAAAGUCUCACUUCCCAUCAAAGAAUCCACACAGGAGAGAAACCAUAUCAUUGCAUGGAAUGUGGAAAGAGCUUUAAUGUAAGCACAAAUUUCCAUCAACAUCAGAGAAUUCAUCGUGGGGAGAAACCAUUUCAAUGCCUAGAGUGUGGAAAGAGCUUCACUCAGAAGGAAAGGCUCGUUUCCCAUCAAAGAAUUCAUACAGGGGAGAAACCUUUUCAGUGCAAGGAAUGUGGAAAGAGUUUCACGUGGAAGGACAGUCUCACUUCUCAUCAGAGAAUUCAUACAGGGGAGAAGCCCCAUCAGUGCUUGGAAUGUGGAAAGAGCUUCAGUCGCAACUCAAAUCUCGUUUCUCAUCAAAGAACUCACAGCGGGGAGAAACCAUUUCAGUGCAUGGAAUGUGGAAAGAGCUUUGCCUGGAAGGAAAGUCUCACUUCCCACCAAGCAAUUCAUACAGGAGAGAAGCCCUAUCAGUGCUUGGAAUGUGGAAAGAGCUUCAGUAAGAGAGCCAAUCUCACUUCCCAUCAAAGAACUCACAGUGGGGAGAAUCAUAGAAUUGUAGAGUUGGAGGGGACCCUGAUUAUCAUCUAGUCCAACCUCUGCUUAUAGACCUUCAAGGAUAGAGAAACCACCAUCUUCCAAGAGAGUCUGUUCCACUGUUGAAGAGCUCUUAACCACACCGGCUCUCUAACAAGACUCUCAGAAAAUGUGCGUCCAUGUGGGUCUGCUUAAAGUUCGGGUGCGACCUUCUGGUGUUUGUAUCAAAAUAAUGUAAUAAUGGUAACUACAGUGUAAUAGUAGAUUUAAUGUUAGCUAGGGGUGGGGAUAGCGUGAAUUUGGAAUGCUGGGGUGAGUGGUGACUGGCUGGGAGUUUGAAAAGGCGGUUGAAUAGAAUCAUUGAAUCAUAAAAACAACGCAGCAAAAGUUGUGAUAAACCGUAAGUAAAAAAAAUGCACAACCAAACUGAACAAUUUUCAUAUAAAUCACAACAAAAUCUACAACAAAGAUACAAGAAACCAACAGGAACAAACCCCACCCCCACCCACUAAGCCCAGGAGUCUGUUCAGCACCCUCCGCUUCUGCAGCUGGAGUCAGUCCGGUCCCUCCCAGGCCAAAUGGGAAAGGCCUGUAAGGAGGGAGCACAUCUCCCAGGACUUGCAGCCAAGAUGGUCUCUGGCCUCUUCAGUAGAGACGAUGGGAAGGUGGAGUGGAAUGGAAUGAGAGAGUGGUGGCAAUUGUGGAGCAGGGCUGGUUAGAUCCGUAGUAGAGAGAUAGCAUUAUAAUCCCCAUUGUUGCAGUUGUAGUAAAGUAGCAACAAAAAGGAAAAGAAAUGGGAACAUUUGAAACCAUACGUUUAUGUACACAAAGUUACCUUGAAACCCUUGCUUAUUUUUUAAUAAAUCCAUUGUAUUCCA